AUGGCUUGCGCAUUGCAGGCCGUGGACGUGCUUGCACUGCUGAUCGCAGCCUGGGCCUGGCGACAACUUUUCCUGCUCGCUUGUGCUGCUAGCCCUUCAAGCCCGUCUUGCCGAUCAGUGCUUUGUGUCAAAGCGGUCCUUGGCAGUAUCGGCAAUAGCGAAGCCGAUGAAACAGAAGCUGUUGGAUCGUCUUCUCGCUGGAGGGAUGCUGUCCAGAAGCCACUGAAGGCUGCAGCUGCGCUUCUGCAAAAUCUACAGCGUGCUGAAGGAUUCCAGGAGACGGACUCCAAGCUGGAAGCUUCUUUUGAAAGUGAGGAUGCAAGCCCAGCGACUUCCAGUUUGACGAAAGCUGUGCCAGGCGCGCUGGUGCAGGAGCAAGAGUCAGGGCUCGGACCGCCUACGCACACCUGCGAAGAUGUGGAUGCUCAAGAGUCUACUCCUUGCAUCUUGACUGACACCACUGUAGCCCUAGAAGCUGUCGAUGAUGGUCCCCUGACGGAAGAGCUUGCGGUGAGCCCAGCCCGGAGCUCUUCGAGCCCCCCAGAGUGCCAAGUGGAGGGGCAGGGCAGCUGCAAUGCAGAGGAGCCACAGUCUGAGCAGGAUUUGGAGGGUGAAGCAGAUGAUGCUCUCGACAGGGACCAGUCAUCCACUUCAGGCUUCCAGAUCGAUCUCGGCGCUAGCGUCCAGCAGGAGUACGAGCCUGCUUCGCCCUUUGAAAGGGAAAGUCGCAAAGCAGACGUGGUCAAUACGACGGCUGUUCUCGAAGAGAAGUGCCUGGAGACAGACUCAGAAACAGCAAGCGACACAUAUGAUGCGUCGGCGGCGGCACAAGGCCAAUGUCCGCACGAGCAAAGCUGCACGACGACUAGCCCUCACAAGGUUGAUCCGACUGCGAUCGCAUCGGAAAGCCCGGUGGCAGACGCAGCCGUACAGAACGGCUUCGAAAGCCCCAUCAUUGCAGAAUACACCCACGAGCACUCACAGAGCGACCGCCCUGAGCUGGAGCAAGUAGAAUGGCCGGACGAGUCCAGGGGCAAGUCCGCAGAGGCCUCUUGGCGACCAAGUUUGCGACCAGUGGUUAGUCACAAGGCGGAACAGGCAACAGCAGAAGACUUCGAUGAAACCACGGAAGUCGAAGGCGACAGCCCCUUGCUGUCGGAGCACGCUCAGGCGCGGAUUUGGUGUCGUCGUGAUCGUGGUUUGGAUGGAGCCACCUCAGACUCGAUGCAGAGCAGUUCCAGCCGCGGCAAGCCUCGAAGAGCUUUCUACAAAGCACGACAAGUGCAAGAAGCUUAA